AUGGCAUCGAAUCCCCCCACUUCACCCGCGGCUCUAUUGCUGCUUCCCCCGCCACCAUCCUUCUCGUUCAGUCAAGUCAGGGAUGCAUUCGAGAAACCGCUCUCCGAUGUACUGGCGAAGCUCGUGGGAGAUCUAAACGGAUCUAAGGCCAUUGCCCCUCUCGAUAUAGUGUUGGAAAUUCCUGGUUUGCUCUCGCCAUCCUGUCGGCCGCACGCCAAGAUCUUUGCACCGCUCCAGCACUAUCUAACUAGCAUCUAUACUCUCAUCGGGGCUGUGGCUGCCGCACACAACAUCGAGCUGGACUCGCCCGGCGGCAUUGAUGCCCGCGUCAUCUUUACCGGGGAUUCUGCUUCUGGAGACACGACUUCUGCGGGCCAGGGCUUCGGACCAGUUGUCGACUUGACAUCCUUGGCGACCUCGGACCGACAGUGGGAUCAGGUGUUCUAUCUAAGUAACGAGGCCGGCCGCAGGCUAUUCCACAACUUUAUCCACACGAACACGAGCCAGACCACUCGUGUUGAGUUCAAUGACCAGGCCAUUUCAUGUAUCUCCAAUUGGGCUGUCCCAAUGCCUCUUUUACUUCCAAAGGACCAGCCACAGGCCCUCCAGCCCCACUAUUCCGUGAUAGUCGGCGGCACCUUCGAUCAUCUUCACUUGGGCCACAAGCUUCUUCUCACAGCCCUGGCACUGACACUGGAACCACCUACCGACGCAGAUCAGGGCCAAGAGAGGCUGUUGAGUGUCGGGGUCACGGGAGAUGCCCUCCUAAAGAAUAAGAAGUAUGCGGAGUUUCUCGAAAGCUGGGAAGACCGUUGCCAGAGUACCGCAGCCUUCCUGCGCGCCAUCAUGGAUUUCUCUCCGAACCACACUCCCCGCGUUGAGCGGAUCACUGCACCCGGUCCCAAUGGGAACGCCGUGAUCAUGAGGAUCCAGCCGAAUCUGACAUUCAAGUUUGUGGAAAUCUGGGAUCCCUAUGGACCGACGAUCACGGAGGAAAGCCUCACCGCACUGGUAGUCUCCAAGGAGACACUCUCUGGCGGGGCAGCCGUGAAUGACGAGCGGGCCAAGAAAGGAUGGAAGAGCCUGGCGAUUUUCGAGGUGGACGUACUGCAGACGGGGGCGGCCACGGAGGUGACGGACGCCAACACUUUCGAGGCGAAAAUCAGCAGCACAGACAUUCGGCGGCGGCAGAUGCAUCUGGCCAAGGUGUAG